CGACAACACAAAACUCAUCAUCGCGUGUGAAAAAUAUCGUGCGUUGCCGUGCGUGUUGCUGUCGUCCGAAUCCAUGUUCUGUAAAAUCUUAAUCUUUAAUCGACCAUGCGCGCCUGAGCACACUUACAGCACAGGUGCUCUGCCAGCCAUAACAUCAUCAGGAUGUCAGGGGCGGUUCUCGUCGUGCGAAUCAGCGCGAACAGCAGUCUCGAUACCUCAAGGGAUGGGCUCGAGAACGAAGUGGUGACUUUGGAGUUUCCUUCCCUGGAUCUAGCACUGAAGCACAUCCAACAGGAAAACGGUUGCUCGCACUUGCUCUACUCCUCUUUUGCCGAAGAACUUGGAUUCUCUGGCCUACAGCUUUGGAUCAACAUGGAAAAAGCCAAAAGGCCCAAGGCCACUUGCGAGAGCUGCGACUGUGGCGAGGCUGGCGCAGUCGCGAAACAGGGUAAGCAGUCGUGUCUUCCUCUUUUAAAUCUCAUUAUGAAGAAUGCAUUGUACUUUCGCAGGCAGCGGUGAAACUACUUCAUCCUAAGCGACUUGCAGCGGUGAAACUACUUCAUACACUCUUAGGCUUAUCCCAUGCAACAAACUACUUCAUCCUAAGCGUGACUGAUGGAUACCAAGCGGUUGAGCAAAAGAUCCACGGUCAUGUACAGGUCCACCCUAGAGACAUCGUAAUUUCAUUUCGUUGUUUGUACCAAAUCAACAGAUGACGUGAAUAGCGCUGCAGUGGUAUUGACAAAGGAUUGUACCUUCGGCGCAAGCGCUUUCGAUCCUUCGGCUUCUGGUGCUACGAAGGAGUUGCGCGGCCCGGCCUUCGCCAUUUUACCUUCUCCUUCGUCGGAUGACGAGAGUGCUGGUGGGGCUAAACGCACAACCAGCGUAGUAUUGACUGCGAAUCGACUUCGAGGGAUGCUGGUGUUUUUGAAGGAAGUACUACCGUAUUUUUCGAGCAGCAGCGGCAUGCCGAAAGCCGAGCGAGAUGAGGUAAUACGUGAAGAGAUCCAGAAUUUCAAAGAAGGCCUGUGGGAACCUCAGGAGACGACAAUCGAUUUCGACAUGUACGAACGCGAUGUGCCGAAGGAUGUGAGCAAGAUGUGAAGCUAGCCUGGAAGUGCGCUUUCUACGCACUGUGUAGGACCACGAGUAGUGUAAUUAACACACGCAACAUCUUCAUCUUGUUCAUAACAUGAAUGUCAUCGAUUUUUAUUGCUUCACUACACGGUCAUGACUUUUAGACCCGUGUCUGUGAGCUACCUGGACUGCAUUUUUUAGCAUAGUCGAAAGGAACACGCCGUCGUGUACUAAACGCCCGCUCGCUAUCUACAGUUUAUCGCUACGUGUCAUUCUUGUGGUUUCAUCUGCAGGGUGAUUUGACAGUCGUGCUGUUGUGAUUCGUUUCGAAAACGCUAUCCGAAUGAAGCUAGUUUUCGUGUGUCCCGAUGCAUAUAUUCGCUUCGGGAAAAGGACUUUGUAGGCGUCGCGUCGGGAACUCGACGUUACUACCUGAACGCGCUUUGGUAGCCUUUUUGCCG